GGGCGUGCUCUUGAAUCGCCAAUUUCCGCUUCCUUGUCGCACGAACAGAGGACGCGGUCCCGGGGACGAGCUCGCUAUCUGGCGGCCAUUACCCCUUUGCUGCUGCAGCAGGGGAAACAACCAGGAAGCGUCCAUCCUUUUCGCUUUCGCCGUCGUCAGGAUGGAGCGAGGGGGGCUUCCGCGCGCCACAGGCGUCCCCUCACCGCACGGGCAGCUCUCCAAGCCGGUCAGCAUCUCUUCGAACCGGCCAGUCCACAUGAACCUGUUCGCCACCUGGGAAGUGGACCGCUCUUCGCCCAGCUGUGUGCCCAGGCUGUUCAACUUGACUCUGAAGAAGCUGAUUAUGCUGAAGGAGCUGGACAAAGACCUCACCUCGGUGGUCAUUGCCGUCAAACUGCAGGGUUCCAAGCGGAUCCUUCGCUCCAACGAGAUUGUUCUGUCAUCGGCUGGCUUGACGGAGACCGACCUUCAGCUCACCUUCUCUUUACAGUACCCUCACUUCCUGAAGAGGGAUGCCAACAAGCUACAGAUCAUGCUGCAGCGCCGUAAACGCUACAAGAACCGGACCAUCCUGGGCUACAAGACGCUCGCCCUGGGCCUCAUCAACAUGGCUGAGGUGAUGCAGCACCCCAGCGAGGGCGCUCAGGUUCUGGGCCUGCACAGCCAGCUGAAGGACGCCUCGCUUCCCGUGGCGGAGAUGCGUGUGUAUUCGCUAUCCAGCCAGCCCAUAGAUCAUGAGGGUCCUAAAGCCAAGAUGUCAGAUCGAUCUCCAGACAUGGACAACUACUCUGAGGAGGAAGAAGAGAGCUACUCCUCUGAGCAGGAGGGCAGCGACGACCCAGUCCAUGGACAAUACCUGUACGAUGAAGACGAGGAGGUGAGGAAGAAAAAGCCGAGACGAAAGCUGCCAUCCAACGCCGCCAUCAGCAGGCAACCUAACAUCAAGCAGAAGUUUGUGGCGCUGCUCAAGAGGUUCAAAGUCACCGAUGAGGUGGGCUUCGGUCUAGAGCACGUGUCCAGGGAGCAAAUCCAGGAGGUGGAAGAGGACCUGGAUGAGCUAUACGACAGCCUGGAGAUGUUCAACCCGAGCGACAGCGGUCCCGACAUGGACGAGACUGAUAGCAUCCUGAGCACGCCCAAACCCAAACUCAGGCCUUUCUUUGAGGGAAUGUCUCAGUCCAGCUCCCAGACGGAGAUCGGAAGUCUGAACAGCAAAGGCAGUCUGGGCCGAGACACGUUGAGUCUGCAGGGGGAGCCACCUCCUCCAGACAAGAUGAAAACGUCUCGCAGCCGUAACCUGGAGGAGGUGUUGUCAGAGAGUGAGCUCCCGGAGGUCGCAGAACAGGAACUGCUCGCCGACUCAGGCCCGUGCAUCAUGGUGUCUGUUGCUGAGAAUACCCGUACGCCAAUCAAAAGCAGUAAAAGUGACAGCCAGACAGCACCAUCGCCAAGGUUGGAUGGAGGCCACACCCCGUCCAGGCAGAAGCGCAGCAGCACCCCGAUGAAGGAACGCCAGCUGUCUAAACCUUUGAGUGAGCGCACCAACAGCUCCGACUCUGAGAGGUCACCUGAGCUGACGCAUGGCACGCCGGUCCUGAGGAAGGCCAUGUAUGACCAGCUCAACCACAUCUUGUUGGUUGACUCUGCCCUCCCGGAAAGCCUUAUCCUGGUCAAUGGCGGAGACUGGCAGGGACAGUACGUGCUGGAGCAGCUGCAGGUGCACAAACAGCCAGUGGUUUGCACGUGCUCGCCAGCUGAGAUCCAAGCGGUCCUGUCGGCUGUUCUCACACGCAUCCAGAAGUUCUGCAACUGUAAUGCGUCCAUGCCGCGUGCUGUGAAGGUGGCAGCGGUGGGCAGCCAGAGUUACUUGGGCGCCAUCUUGCAGUUCUUUGUCACACAGCUCGCCAACAAGACGUCCGACUGGCUCGGCCACAUGCGCUUCCUGGUGGUGCCCUUGGGCUCCCAUCCAGUCGCCAAACAUCUUGGCGCCCUGGACAACCGCUACAGCUCCUCCUUCCUGGACGGCGCCUGGCGAGACGUCUUCAGCCGCUCUGAACCUCCUGCCACAGACCAACUGGACGUGGCAGGACGGAUCACUCAGUACAUUAACGGCGCCGCAGUCACGCACCAACUUCCCAUUGGCGAGGCCAUGCUGACGUGCAAACACAGGACGCGAGAGGAAGACUCCUACCAGAAGUUCAUUCCCUUUGUUGGAGUGGUCAAAGUGGGCGUGAUCGAGUCUGGACCCUCGCUGGCAGGGGACGGAGAGGAGGGAGGCAUGUCUUUGAGUUUGGCUGUCCCGUCCACGUCCCCUCCCUCCCACGGCUCCCCCACAGGGAUGAUCAAAGAAGCGGCCACACCCCCCUCGUCCCCUUCUAUGGGCAGUGUCACAGUGCAAGGGAGUCCCGGCAUGUCUCAUGGCGUUGAUGCCAUCGGCCUGCAGGUGGACUACUGGCUGGCAUCGCUGGCCGAGAAGAGGCGGGAAGGUGAGCGGCGCGACACGGCAUGCAAAAACACACUGAAGAGCGCCUUCCGCUCGCUGCAGGUCAGUAGGCUGCCAGCCGGGGGCGGUAGCGAGCCUCAUGGCGUUCAUGCCAGCACCAUGGCCAUGACAGUUGUCACCAAGGAGAAGAACAAGAAAGUGCCGACCAUCUUCCUGGGAAAGAAGCCCAGAGAGAAGGAAGUGGACUCCAAGAGUCAGGUUAUCGAAGGCAUAAGUCGCCUCAUCUGCUCGGCCAAGCAGCAGCAGACCAUCCUGAAAGUGUCCAUCGACGGUGUCGAGUGGAACGAUGUCAAGUUCUUCCAGCUUGCUGCCCAGUGGCCCACUCACGUCAAAUACUUUCCUGUUGGACUUUUCGGCUACACCAAGCCUCCCCCUUAAGGGGCGGCUGCAUACCUUGCACCCUGGCUUGAUCUUUGACGAGGUCUGCCCUGCGCACAUCAGACAAAUCUGCUGAAUUCCCAGAAAUGUCACAUCACAGUGCCCCCUACAGUUUAAGACUGAAGUACAUGUGGUACAUGGACGAUGACCAUUUGUUGUGUGCGUGUGCUUGUGCGUGUGCUACCAGCGCUUGUGUUAGUUUGGCUCAUUAUGGCUGAUGACAUCAAUCAAAAAGUAGAGGAGGAGCAAGUGAAAAUAAAAUUCAUAAUAAUGACAUGUUAAGUUGAAAACAAAUUACAUUUAAAAUAAUGACAUCUUAAAUUUUUAAUUACAUUUAAAAUAAUUACAUCUUAAAUUUUUAAUUACAUUUAAAAUAAUUACAUCUUAAAUUGAAAAUAAUGACAUUACAUUUAAAAAAUGAUCUUAUAUUGCCUCUUUUUGCAGGCGGAUCCAAGGUCAAUGAUGAGACAAAGAAUGAAUUCAUGCAAAACAAAAAGAAAAAAAAAGUACAUUUGACUAUUGCAGUUGUGUGUUGUUCUGGUGCUGGAAGUGAUCCACGUUACAUCUUAAUGUCUUGGUGUUGUCGUGAGCAUCACACACUCGAGGCUGUUCGUCUGUGUUACUCGUGCGUGGCGGUGUAAGCCAUCGGCUUGUAAUUGUGCUGUUGUCAUGGAAACAGAUUACAACAUUGUGACUGACAGACAUAUGAAGAGAUAUUUUGCACAUGCCAUUGUCUUUUCAACAUUUUGCCUUUAGCCUCAGUAAUAAUAAUAAUGCCUGUACAUAUGUUACAUUGUAUUGACAUUUUGUAGUACUGCUUUUUCAUCGUUACAUUUGUCAGUCUCACAGAAGUCAAUGAAAAGCUAAAGUGUUGUUUCAUUUGUUUUUG